UGUUUCGACGCGGAUCAAAGAAUCCAUCGAACAAAGUCCAAGACGCAUAACAUGGAUAUGAUAUAAGCAGCACAGCAGAUUGGCCGGCCAAUCACAGGCGAUGCGACGCGUAUAAAUCCGACCAAUCACGGCUGCCAAAGCUCCGAUCGUGAGUUCGUGAGUUCGUUCACUGCGCCGGGAACCGUGCCUUCGGGUCCCUGUGCUGCUAUUCUCGGCAUACAACACCACAUCCUUAUGCACCUGUCGCCGUUAUCUAUACGGUAUAGGCUUGUUAUGCAUCACGCUUCCCUCCGAGCCCAUUGAUUCCCUCGACUGUCGUCAUCCAGCUGCCCGUAUUCAUUCUGGAAAUAAAUGCAAUCCUGCAUGCGCGCCAUGUCGCGCUAUUGGAUCUGUGCUACAGAACCACGCACAAAUACACGUCUUGACCCCCCAAUCCCGUCCCAGUAUUUGCCAUAGUCCUAGUUCCAGCACUGCUUGCUGCAACUGCCGUUCCCUCGCAAUCAUCGAAUCCGUACGCCGAGUGAUGCAUGCCCAUUGAAAAAACGCAUAUUCCCCGAACCCACCCAUAUCAAACGCCGAAACACCACCUGCAUGCCAAUAACGCUUUACAGCGCUGCGUACUGAGGUGCGCUUGCGUACCUGAAUAGUACAUCGUCUAGCGCAAUCUGCGCAUUCUUCACCGCAUCGUCCACCCCGGCAAUCUGCUCAUGGUUGCCCUGCAUGCUUUCCAGGCUCCCUAGAAACAAAGUCAGCCAUCAUUUCAACUAAACUCGCAGCGCAACAUCAAUACGUACGACGCAGUUGCUCGAGCAGUGGUGCCAGCUCGGGGUCGGGCGAGUCCAGCUUCGCUGCAGCUGUGUUUGCUGCUGUCGUCUUGGCCCAUGACACGCCAAUGUCGUCAGGCCCGUCUCCCUCCGCCUCCAUAUUCUCGACAUCUUCUAAUAAAGGAUGGAACUAGACAUGUAUGUCAGCUUGCAUUUUCUCUGGUCCAGCCGAUACAUGAGCAUUGCAUACUCGUCCUUGCUUCUCCUGGCGCUUCCACUCUGCUUUCCAUAGUUUCGCAUUCCUCUCCAGCCGCUGCAGAUUUUCCCGGUCUUUCUCCAGCAGACGCUGAGUCACCUUGA